AAUCGCGCUGGCUUAUUGCAAGUUUACAUACAUACUGCUAACAAUGUGCUAAUCGAAGUGAAUCCUCAGACACGCAUUCCAAGAACGUUCGAUCGAUUUUCUGGCUUAAUGGUACAAUUAUUGCACAAAUUAUCAAUACGAGCAGCUGAUAGUUCAGUGAAAUUGUUGCGGGUUAUCAAAAACCCCGUAUCCAUUCAUCUGCCAACUGGUUGCCGAAAAGUGUCAACAUCGUAUCAGGCAUCCAAAUACAUGAGCUGUAGGCAGUUUGCUGAAAGCACUGAUGAGAAACCGAUCGCUGUUGUUAUUGGCGGUUUUGCUAAAGGAAAGAUCAACGUGGACUACACGGAAGAAGAGGUUAAACUAAGCAAUUUUCCACUAAGUGCUGCUUUGACAUGUACAAAAUUGACAUCUGCUUUUGAGGAACUAUGGAAAGUGGAAGAAACCUAG